AUGGAGCCCGUGCGCUCCUGGGGCCCCGCAGAGGCUGCCGCCUGGCUCCGAGGGCUGGACGCGGCCGUGCAGGGGUACCCCUUCGAGGCCUGGGGGCUCUCGGGGCCUGACCUGCUGGGGCUGGACGCGGGGGUCCUGGAGGCUCUGGGCGUGUGGCCCUUGGGACACCAGGAGCUGCUGCUGGAGGCCCUGGAGCAGCUCCGUAACCUGGACACAAGGCUGGUGAGCACCAGCCUGAGGACACUGACGGAGAGGCUGCAGGAGCUGGCACGGGGCAUCCAGAGCCUGGUGCAGGGGGGGCUGUCAGCAGGGGAUGCCCCCCAGCCGCCUUCCCUCACCCUCCUGGCCCGAGUCAUCCACCUGGUCGGGGCUGCCAAGGAACUCUUCUCCUGGCUCAACAGGUACCUCUUCUCCACCCUCAACGACUUUUCGGCCAGCCGGGACAUCGUCCUGCUGUGUGCCCAGCUGGCAGAGACGCUGCAGGCGGACCUUCCUGCGGCCGAGAGGAACAGCAGCAUCCUGCAGAUUUGCCAGCACAUCGAGGGCAUCUGUGAGAGCAUCGUGGGCUGCAGCCCCCCGGCGCUGCUGGACCGCAGGGCUGUGCUGCAGCGUGUGGGGCUGGCGCUGCUGCCCGGCCCACAGGGCAGCCCCCCAGUGUCCCCCAGCACCCCAACACUGCCCCUUGGCCUGCAGCAGAGCCCCCCAGCAUCCCCUGACACGCCAACGCUGCCCCUCAGCCAAUGGAGCAGCCCCCCAGGAUCCCCUGACACCCCAACAGCACCUUGGUCCCCCCAGGGCUUUGAGAUCACCUCCACCAGCUCCUGCCUGCACUUCGUGUCUGCCACCACCCCAGAGGCCCUGGCUGCCCACGGGGGCCACAUCCUGCCCGGAGAUGAGAUCGUGCAGGUCAACGAGCAGGUCGUGGUGGGUUGGACACCUGUCAGCCUGGCGAGGAAGCUGCUGGAGAAUGGGAACAGGGUGACUUUGGUGCUGAAGAAGAUCCCCCUCGACCUGCCUGGCUCACCCCCCUCUCCCACGCAGCAGCCCCCAGGAGCAUUUUUGGAUGCUGCAGAUUCCCCUGGCACCAGGAGUGGUGAGAGCCCGGGCAGCCCCGUGUCCCUGACCUCCAGGGGAGAGGUGCCAGCUGUGAAGCAGCUGCCUUUUGUAAUUCAUUCACUUGGUAACGUUUUAGUGGGGUUGGAGCUAUAUUUAGCCAUGACCCUUCUCCCCUCCCGGAAUGGAAAGGCGUGCGGAGAGCCAGCGGCAGCAGCCGAGCUGGGCAGGCCGGGGGAACUGAGCUGGAGCUCUGGCACCGCGUCCCUGCAGCCCCUUCCCGGGGCAGGGAGCGCCGGGGUGCCCCAGCCCGAGGGGGAUCAGGGACCCCGCAGCUCGGGGGCUCAGGGGUCCCGUUUUCCUCGCAGCGUCGCGGCCGACUUGGACUCGGGACCAGAGUCUGUCCCGGAUCCCGUCACUGACGAGGAGCAGGAAGAGGACGAGCGGGAUCUGCGGCUGCCCGGGGCAGCUGUGGAGGAGCUGUCUGCACAGGGUGCUGCAGAGGAGGUGUGGGACAGUGGCAGCGCCCUGGGAACCCCCCUGGACACCCGCCUGGGCACCCCCCCGAGCACCCCUGCUGCCACUGAGCCCUGUGCCACAGAGCUGAGCCCCAGGGCAGCCCCUGCCACGGGGGCUGGGGGAGCAGAGCCCAGCCCUGAAGAGGGCAGCCCCAGCACGGGACGCAGACCUAAAGGAGUGGCCACCAGGCUGAGCCGGCGGCGGGUCUCGUGCCGGGACCUGGGCCGGGUGGACUGCGACGGGUGGCUCCUCAAGAAGAAGGAGCACGUGGGCUUCAUGGCCCAGAAGUGGAAGCGCUGCUGGUGUGUGCUCAAGGGCCACACGCUCUACUGGUACAAUCACCCCAACGAUGAGAGGGCUGCAGGACUCAUCAACGUGGCCACCUACAACCUGGAGAGCACAAGGGAGCAAAAGAAGAAAUACGUGUUCCAGCUGUGCCACCAGACAUACAAGCCCUUUGUCUUUGCUGCUGAAACCUUGGCUGACCUGAGCAUGUGGGUCAGUCGCCUGGUAACAGCCAAAACCAAGUACACGCUGGCCCACCAGGCAGUCCCAGACAAGGAGGAAGACUGCUACAGUGAGACAGAAGCUGAGGACCCCGAUGAGGAGUCCCCCAGGCACGGAUCUGACUCGCCAAGGAAGAGGCUGCAGAACACCCCGGAGAAGGCACAGCUCUCCCCAGCCAGCAGUGCAGCCAGCAGCCCCCGGCCCUGCUCCCCCAUGGAGCCCGGCGGGGAGGACCUGGAGAGCCUGCUGCGGAGCCUGCGGCAGGGCGGGGUGUCCCUGACGGGGCAGCAGCGGCGGGCGCUGACCCAGGAGCAGUGCCGAAAAUCCUUCCUGCGGCGCAACAGGAACCCGCACAUCAACGAGCGGGUGCACGCCGUGCGGGCCCUGCAGAGCACGCUCAAGGCGAAGCUGGCGGAGCUGCAGGCCCUGGAGCAGCUGCUGGGAGAGGCCGAGCUCACCUCGGACACCUUCAGGCGCUGGAAGGAGGAGCACCAGGAGCUGUACCAGGAGCUCAGGGAGGGCUGGGCAGGGCAGCAGGGCGCUGGAGAGGCAGCCGAGCCCUGACACCGCGCAGGACUCGGGGGGUGCUCUGUGCUGGGGGCCCGAACGCCUUUGGGAAGGCUCAGCCUCCAGAGGGGCCACCCCUCUCCUUAGUUUUAAGUGAGUCUUAAUUUUUCCUUGCCUUGGCUGCAGCUGGGCGAGGAGGGGAUUUUCAGCGCCCCAGCCAGGGGCUCUUCUGCUGUAAAUAAACGUGUUGACCGGG